CCAGUUUGCAUUCUGUCAAAAAUCUUCCGCCGCGAAGAAAAGCAAAACGGUGCGUGUGCAGCAGUGAAAGAGUUUCCUUUUUGGAAAAUUGGAAUUUUAUUCCGGAAUCGAGGCAGCAAACCUCGUUAUAAACCAGUGGCGACAACUUCUACGUAAUAAUUACAAGGUGCAACAGUGAAAAUAUGGAAUAGUGGCUGAAUUGGGCAGUGUUUAGUUGAAACGAACGCAGGGCGAAUCGAGCUGCCGCCGUGGAUAUAUUUGGGGCUCGGUCUACGCCUCUUCUCACAAACGCUGCAAACAAACGACGACCCCAUUGUUCGAGGCGAAGCAUUUCGGAGAGGAGUGGACUUCCCGUGUCCCGUUCGGGAGAUCCAGUUGCGGCUACGGAUUACUUUUUACAGGAACUGUUUUGGAGAUUAACUUUCGGAGUGUAGAAUAUUAGUUUGCUAAUUGUUUUCUAAUUUAUUUGUCUAUUUCAUGGGAUUUGCUGGGAUUUGAUUUCGGGCGAUUUGGACAUUGUAUGGAAAAUGGUUUAAAAUUGUGUAAAAUUGAAUUCUAUAAAUUGUGAACAAUGAUACAAACGAUUCAGGAUGUCAGUGACUGUGUGCCGCUGUAUUUACCGCAUAGUCUGUACCUCAAGCCAUCGGCCAAGUUCAAUGUUUCCGUGGCCCUCCCGAAUGCCAUCACUGGCAAAACCAUCUCCAACUAUGAAGUCAUGGAGAAGAUGCGUCAGAUGAUCCUGCCGGACAAAUUCUCGGUACUGAAGGUGCGAUCUUUGUCACAGGUUUCCAAAAGUACGGUUGGAUUCAUUCGCUUCGAGGGCGAACUGGAAGACCGAAGCAAACUGCGUCAUGUGCUGGGACGACUCGACGGACGGCCGAUCCGGCUGCCGGGCUUCAGUGAAUCGGUGAAACUGCGAGCAUCGGAGGCGAAAGACGAUUUCCCGACUCGUCACGAUUGGGAUUCCUUCUUUCGCGAUGCUCGGAACAUGGACGAGAUGAAGGCCGGCGAGCGGCCGGACACGAUCCACUUUGCCAACCUGCCGAUCAAGUGGUUCUGUCCGAGGCACAUGGAAAACGAAGACAACGCCAAACCCAGUGAAAGCAUUUUCAAGCGGAUUUUCGAAAAGUUCGGCGAUGUCCGGUGCGUGGAUAUUCCUAUCUGCGACCCGUACCGUUCACAGAUGAAGGCGCAUAUGUCGGGCAUGCAGAAGUUUAGCUUCGAUCAGGAAAUGUACUUUGAAGGCUAUGUCCAGUUCAGCGAGUACGUAGGUUUCGUAAAAGCGAUGGAUGAGUUCCGAGGGAUGAAGCUGGUUCAUAAGGAGGUGGACAAGAAUCUGGCAAUUACCAUUGCCGUGGACUUCGAUCGGACCAAACACUUGAGCGAUUCUUCCAUCAAGAAGCGAAAGGUGGUACGGAAUCGACUGAUUGCAGCCGAUCGCGAGAAGGAAGAGCUGGAGAAGAAGCGCGUAGCUGAAGAAGAGGCCAAAAAGGAUCGCGAGAGAAAGCGUCAGGAGGAGCAGCGGAAGGCAGAGGAACUGAAACGCAUGCAACGGGAGCAACGUCGAAAGGAGAAACAUCUGCAAAAACUGCGUCAGAAAGAAACAGAUGAAAUAAGUUUGAAGAUUCUGCAAGAGGAACGGAAGCUGAUGGAGACACAGCGGAAACUGGAAAGCAUUAGAUUGAUCGAUGGAUUAUUCGAGAGAAUGAAGAUCAAGCAAGCUCUAUUGGAAGGAAAAACGAACAAGGCCCAGUCUUCCAAGAAAACCACUGUUCCUACAAACAAAAAGGUGGACAAACUGAAGGCGGCUCAGCAAAAAGAGAUCGAGAAAAUGCGUCAAAGAGUUAAGGAGGUCAAGGAUGGUAAUUUGCUGAAGAAUUUCCUAGGAACUUCCGCUCGCAGUCCUACGCCACGAUCUCGUUCGCCAAGCAUCAAUACUAUCAGCUCGGACGACAGUAUACUGAACGAUUUCCCAGCAGAUGCGCGAACGAAGAAGAAGAAAAAGAAGAAAAAUAAUUCGGAUGAUGAAUCCUCCGAGGUCGAUUCCGAUGAUGAACAGGAACCGGCACAAGAAGCACAGCCAGCAGCUGCUGCGGUGCCAUAUCCAGCGGUUCCGCCCACUAUGGCAGCCUACCCAGGAAUGUAUCCAGGAUUCGAUUGGGCCGCUAUGGGGUAUGCAUAUCCCUAUGACCCUUACUAUGCACAGAGGGCAGAGUACUACGCUAGUGCAAUGGCCUAUCGUGGGUACCGUGGCGCACCUCGAGGUGGAAGAUAUCCGAGAGCACGUGGCCGAGGCGGCUAUCGAGGUCGUGGCUACUAUAGGGAAGAUGGUUAUGGUGACUACGACUACCAUGAUCGUGAUCGAGAUAGAUCCAGGUCAUAUUCAAGGUCUCGAUCUAGGUCGAGGUCAAGAUCGCGAUCUCGUCGACGAAGAUCUCGCUCUAGAAGUCGUGGUCGCUCUCGAUCUCGUAGCCGAUCACGUCGAUCGCGCAGCAGAUCUCGAUCAUCUCGGUCUCGAUCAAGAUCAAGGACAUCAUCAAGAUCGCGACGAUCCCGAUCGAGGUCAAAGUCUGAUCGUUCUCGAUCGAAAACACGCCGAUCCGAGUCAAAAUCCAAAAAGCCUGUACAGAUGUCGAAGCCUACCGCUAAGCAUCUGGCUUCCACUAUACGAGAUUCAAGAUCCAAGUCCAGAUCAAACUCAAGGUCUAAGUCUCGCUCGAGAUCACGAUCCAAUUACCGUCAUCGUUCUCGCCAUCGUCAUCGAUCGCGCCGCCGAAGAUCUUACACCAAGGAACCGGAAGAUGAAACUGUUCCCGAAUCAUUCCGGAAGCAUCGCAUCGUGCUUCAAACGGACAAGCUUGUCAAGAGCGCUAAGGAAAUCGAAGAGGAAGUUCGCGAACAUCUAAGGAAGCAACAGGAAGAAGAGGAUCGACUACUGAAGGAAGCUGAGGAGAAUAACCACGAUGGAAACACCUCGGAAACUACAUCGAGGGAAAACAAUAUCAACCACAAAAGCUCAAAGCGGUCAUCCCGGCGACCUUCGCGUUCUCGAACAAGGUCCAAGUCGCGUCCCAAAUCACCUCCGAAAUUGUACUCCAAAAGUCCUUCUCCAGCCCGAGUCAAGUCCCGCUCUAAAUCCCCGUCGAAACAUAGGAAAAAUAAAGAACCAUCUCGAUCGAAAUCUCCCCCAAAAGAGAAACGCUCCAGAGACAAACAUCGCCGGGAGCAAUCACGUUCGAAGUCACCUCCCAACGGACCGGUCAGGGAAGUCCGGAACAACGAUGUCGAUAGCGAGAGAAGCCACCGACGUCGGCACAAAUCACACUCGGAGCGGUCCGACCGCAAACGGAAGUCCCGAUCGGUGGACAGUGCCAGGCUGUCAUCGCCCAAGCGGAAGCCCAGGGAGCGUAGCCCAUGAAAACAAAUUACUAUUAUUGCAGAAAUGAAGUAACAUAAUUAGAGAAGCGAUUUUUAUCAGAACUGAAUAUGCGCUUCUAGAAGUAGUAGUAGUUAUGUUCGGUUGAAUACUGAAUUGUUUUAACUUUAGAGACUAAAACGAGCUCUAAGCUUUUAUAUAGGAACAAAAUGAUGAAUAAAGCGUCUGUAAAAAUGAACCUUA